AUGAGAAGUCAUACCAAAUAGUUAACGAUUAUAUAAGAAAAUCAUUUCUAAAAUUAAAUUAUAGAGAUAACAAAGAUUAUACGUAUUUGCAAUAUUAAAACAAUAGGUUAGGGGAAAUAUAAAGCUGGAUUUGCAUUAAUAAACAAAGAAUUUGAAAGAUCAUUAAUUAUGCAUACAGGAUGGCGUAUUCGAAUACAAUUACUAAGAAGAGGAAUAGUAUGUCUAAUUAAGAUUCUAAAAUCAUAUUCUAGAGAAGGGAAUAAAUAAGAGAGUUAAUUACAUUUAGUGAGAAAGUUACAACAAUUCUUAUUGUUUUAUAUUGAAAUGUUAGAAAACUAAGCAAAGGAAUAUAGUAAAAAUUGAUAAGAAAUUAAUUAGAAAAGUUUUAUUUGAAGGAUAUUCUAUAUAGAUUUUCUUAAAUUUAAUUGCUGACAUUUUCAUUAUCAAAGUAACAUGAAGAUGUUCGAUGUGUACUUUAUUGGAAGCCAAUUUGUUAUUAUAAAGAUUCUCGAUUCAAUAAAAUUAAAUUUUAGUAUAACUUAUUAGUUGGACACCUGCAUUUUUAAUUUAAGUUAUAUGAGCCUGCUAUUUCAUAUUAUAAUGAAGCCAUAACUGAAUGUUAAUAUCUUCUGAUGGAUAUAAUUAAUUAAGAUUAUCAUCUCAAAAUAUUAGAAGACUAAUUUUAUAAAGUAAUAUCAUGGAUAAUUGUGACACUCUAUAUUGUUAGUUUUAUAUAUGAAUUACAAUCCGAUUAUAAUAAGUUAUUAGAAACAUAUAAAAUGGCAUAAUGGUUGUCUCAAAUAACUAAUAAUAUAGGUUUGUCUAUUUUUAUAGAUGAUAAAUAUUCUGAGUAUUUUAAUAAAGUAAAGUAUUUUCUAUAAAAUUUUUAGUAUAGACAAUUCUUGAUAGAAAUAAAAGAAGUGAAUUAAAUUUUGGCUCCUCUUUUUCCUUAAUCUAAUAAACAUCAUAUUGAUAAUACAAGCAAUGAUUAUUGGACUAAAAUAAAUGAAGGAUUUUAUAGAAAAUACAAUAAAGAGAUUAAUUUAAAUUUAUAUUCUAUUUUACAAUAACCAGAUGAAUCUAUUUAUAAUAAGAAAUUAUUGGUUCGAUUAACUGAAUAAGAAACAACAAUUCAAUCUAAUAUACAUACACCCCGUUAACAUGAAAAAUGUAAAACUUUUAAUUCUUUGGAUGAUGUAAAAAUUAGUAAACAGACUACUAAUAAUCCUUCCCCUUAGAAUUCACAUAGAAUUUCCAUAGUAACACAUAAAAAAAGCAAGUCACUUAAGUUUACUUCGGAUAUUGAUUAAAUUUUAAAGAGAUUACCAUAAAGAGAGAUUGAAACUUUUUCAUCUUUAAAAGCAAAAAAAGAAUUAGAUCUAUAUUAUUAAUAGAAAGUUUUAUAAUCAUUUGAAAGUGCAAACUAAAUUAAAUCUUUGAAAUCAGUAAAGCAAUAAAUAUAAUUGUAAGAAGAAUUAGAUAAAGUUUGUUAAUCAGAUAUGUUAGUAGGGAAAAAAUUAUUAAAAUUUCAAAAGUAUUCUCAUUAAAGAGUGGCAACACAUUCAAACAUAAUGAAAAUCAUUUCUGAUAUUUCUAAAGAAUAAGAACAUUUAGAAGGCAUUAAUACUGCCAGAUUAACAUUAUAAGGGACAUAAGAUAUCGAAAAUAAAAUGAGAUUUUAAAUAUAAUAAAUAAUAAAAAAAAAGUCUAUUUUUAAUGAAGGUGAAUUGAUGGUAAAUAAAAUAUCAUAAUUAAUUAGAAUCUUAAAUCAUUAGUUUCUGAUUAUGAAACUAAUUUAUCCAAAGCACCAACAAUACAUGAGCAGCCAAUUGAAUAAUCACAAAUUUCUAAAAAUCUAAGAGAGAAAAAUAUUUAAAUUGUUAAAUCAAUUGAAUAAACUAUUAAUAGAAUACCAAUAGAAUAAUAAUUGAAAACAAGAAAGUCUUUUUUAUCUCGUAUAUAAGAAAGUAUGCUUAAAAAAUGA